AUGUCGUAUAUCGUCGUCCGCGGCUCGUCCUCCGACUUAUGGCACCAAAACGAGAAGCUAUUCGAGAGAUUAAAGCCGUAUGUAGUCGUCGCAUUCGCCAUUCUCGUGCUCGGCGUACCGCUGCUGCUAAUAUUCCAGCCAAUCGAAGCUCUGUCGACCGACGUUGCCGCUUCCGAUGCCGUUACUGACGGCACGUCCGCAUUGAGCUUUGACGCGACUCGACGAUCGGGCGAUUCUGCCGCCUUUGCAUCCUCCUUCGCUGCAUCCUCGUUAGAAGCCGGCGUCAUUAAAGGGGUCAACAUUGCAUGGUCGCUAUGCCGAGCCGAGGCUGCUUAUUGGGCUGACAUAGAUAGAAGGAAGGCAGCUCAUAACGGGGAUCAGUGGCCCAUGGACGCAACCGAUCUGCCGUCACUGCUGCUGUCUGUGCUCAUGCCCACUUACCCUUGCCCCGCAGAGGAGCGAGUGGGCGCGUGGGGGGAUGGCGGGAAGUGGGUAUGCAUGCUUCCAACUGCGAUCCGAGAUAACCCUGUAGUGUACAGUGUGGGUAGCAAUGAGCAGUACGACUUUGAGCAGGCCAUCGGCGCGGCGCUGCACACCAAGCCAUUCACCUUCGACCCAUUCCUCUCUGCCAACGCCACUGCUCACAUGCACGCCCUCCCCUUCCUCCACUUCAACGAAAUAGCAAUCGCCGGCGCAGCAAGCCUCGAAAAUUUCCGAGACGAAAACCCCGGGAUCACCAUUAUGACUCUGCAAGAGGCGAUGAAGAAACUAGGGCAUGAGUAUGUGGAUGUGCUGAAAAUGGACUGUGAGGGGUGUGAGGAGGAGUUUAUUAUGGGGAUGAAGAGGGAGACUGAGGAAUUUGUGGAGAGGCGGAGGAAGGAGGGAGGGGCGUUGACUGAGGAGGAGAAGGAGGGGAAGAGGAGGGGGAGGGGGGAUGCGAAGCUGGUGAUAAAUGGGGGGAAUCUGCUGUUUGGACAGCUUCUUGUGGAGUUUCACGCCAUGCACAAGCCCCAGCAGUCCCUCCCAUAUCUCUACGCCAUGGAAGGAAUGGGGUACCGCAUGUUUCAUGUGGAGCCCAACCUGCUCAUGCACAAGCCCCAGCACUCCCUCCCAUUUCUCCACGCCAUGGAGGGUAUGGGGUACCGCAUGUUGCACGUGGAGCCCAACCCACCACAUCCCCCUUUUCCCCCUCCCCCCUCCCCUUCCUCCCCUUACCACAGGAUGCACAAGCCCCCGUCUCUACGCCUUGGAGGGCAUGGGGUACCACAUCAUAUGCACAAGCCCCAGCACUCCCUCCCUUACUUGUACGCCAUGGAGGGCAUGGGGAACCGCAUGUUCCAUUCCCUUCCCUACUUGUACGCCAUGGAGGGCAUGGGGUACCGCAUGUUCCACGUGGAGCCCAACCCGCUGUGCUACCCGUGCAUCGAGGUGGCGUUUAUACAUGAAGACCUGGUGGUUCCGCCCUUGAGCCUUGACUGUGCGGGUGUGCUGCGGCGGUCUCAGGUGGCAUUUGUGCACGAGGACUUGGUGGUGCCUCCUCUCAGCCUCGACUGUGGGGCUGUGCUGCGGCAGUUCCAUCCAUGCCUGCGAUGA